GGAGCAAUGGGUAAUAAAUACGUCAUUGCAAUAAUUUUAGAAGGCGUCUAGUGCUCUUCUCGUUACGUAAUUCGCGAUUUCUUGUUUCUUUUUGAUGUUAAAAUGCUGACCUUGUUGGCCUCGUCUUUGCCCACCUCCUACUCCCAUUAAAAUACUCCUCAAUCAGUCAUGGGUGAAAUUGCGCCGAGAGUCGUCACUGAAAAAGACAAAGAUUUUUGCCACAAUUUGCGGAAAUAUUUCCGGGAGUUUUCGGAAGUCACCGGAAUUCACGGACUGAGAUAUGUGAUCGAAAAAAGGACACGAAUCGAAAAGAUAAUUUGGACAAUUAUUUUGUUAAUUAGUUUGGGUGGUUGUCUCUACAUGAUUUACGAGGUCUUGGACAAGUAUAAUAAAAGUCCAGUUGUUGUGAGUUUUGCGUCUGAGGACACUCCAUUGUACCAAAUGCCGUUUCCUGCUGUUACGAUUUGUCCAGAAUCGAAAUAUUCUCGUGAGAAAUUCAAUUACAGUGGCGUUUAUUUCAAACUAGUUGAAGAGGAAAGUGUGACCCUCGACGAGCGCCGGAAAUUCGAUUAUUUGAGUGCCAUGUGUGCAGAAACCCCUGACAAUAUCACGUGCACCAAAGAAAAUUUCGGCAACGAAUUUUACGAAAUUAUCCACAAAAUGAAAUUGAACGAAAACUUCUUGUUUCCGUUUUGCGCCCAUGACAAUAAAUUGGUGAAUUGUGACCAGAUUUUCACCCCGAUUUUCAUCGAUGAGGGCAUUUGUUACUCGUUCAAUAUCCUAGGGGGCCAUGAGAUUUUCCGGGAUCACGUUUACAAUUUUCAUGAUUAUUACAGGGUUGCCAACACUUCGGAAAAAUAUUUUGACCCGGAGUUUGGUUACAAAUCUACAGCUGGGGUCCGUACAUACCCUAGGAGGGCUCUUAAAUCGGGGGCCGAUUCUGCAUUUUUGGUUUUUUUCAAUUAUGACACGUCAGAUUCCGAUUUCAAUUGCAAUAAUUUUUUGCAAGGAUUUAGAGUCUUGAUUCACAAUCCCUGGGACGUGCCGAGGGUUUCCCAGCAUUAUUUUCGCAUUCCCUUCGAUAAAGUCGUCGUGGCGGCCAUGGAGCCGGUCCUGGUUGUAACUUCGGAAAAUGUGAGGAGAUUUCCGCCGGAAAAGCGCAAAUGUUUCAUGCGAAAUGAGCGUUUUUUGAGGCAUUUCCUCCAUUACUCGCAAUCCAACUGUUUGCUUGAGUGUUUGACGAACUACACUCUCGGGAAAUGUGGCUGUGUAAAGUUUUAUAUGCCUAGAGACAACAGUACUCCGAUUUGUGGCCCCAACUCGUACGAGUGCACAGAGAACGCUGAAAGUGAGCUGCAAAUCAAGGAAUUGGAGCACAAAAUUUCAGGCCGGUCCUUGUGUGACUGCAAACCUUCGUGUACUAAUCUGAAAUACAGCGUCGAGACGUCUCACAGUGAUUUUUACUUCAAGGAAUAUUUCAAAGUCCAUAACGAGUUCAAACUUGAGGAUUUUGAUGGGACGCAUUGGUCCGUCUUGCAACUUUAUUUCAAAGAUGAGCAAUUUAUGACAAUGGAGAGAAACGAGUUGUAUGGGAUUUCAGACUUGAUUUCGAAUCUUGGGGGCCUUUUGGGCCUGUUUACAGGAUUUUCGCUCAUCACAAUGGCUGAAAUUAUUUAUUUCUGCACGGUUAGGGUGGUGUAUAAUCGCAGGCUGUACGGGCUUUGGUCGGGCCCCAAUUAGAUUUUCUGAGCUUAUUGCAAAAAUUAAUUUUAAUUAAGCUUUUAUACGAUUUUUGGAUAAAAUUGUAUAUUUUUAUACAGGCUGUUCCGUUUUUAUUGUUACAAAUUUAAACAGGUUAUUGAAUAUUUUAAGAUAAA